CCAAGUGUGCCCCAAUCAGUUUGGACCUGUUCGUCGUUGCAAUUGCAGUUGAGUCUCGUUUCGUUUCGCUUUCGUGUGAAAAUGCCGUGCCGUGAAGUUUUGUCCGUCGGAACGGAUGAGAGUGUGGUGAUCAGUGGAAUCUCCGGGAGGUUCCCGCAGACGGACAACAUGCGCGACUUUGCCCGCAACCUGUACGAGAAGCGCGACUUGGUGGACGAUCGCGAGUUGCGAUGGGCCCACGUUAUGCCGGACGUUCCGAGACGAACGGGAAAGGUGAACAAUCUGGAAAAGUUUGAUGGAGAGUUUUUCGGGAUCGAUCGGAGACAGAGGGAUACCAUGGACCCGCAGCUGCGAAUGCUGAUCGAGCACGCGUACGAGGCGAUUUUGGACGCUGGAGUUAAUCCAGAGACGAUACGUGGAUCGAAAACGGGUGUGUUUUGUGGAGCUUGCUUCUCGGAGACGGAAGUACGGAUGUAUUACAAAUCAUGCCCACCGAAGGGUCUGGGAUUGCUGGGGUGCAACAAGUCUCAGCUUGCGAACCGUGUGUCCUAUACGCUGGAUCUGAAAGGUCCCAGCUACGUGAUGGACACAGCUUGCAGCAGUUCGAUGUACGCAUUGGAUGUGGCAUAUCGUAGCAUCAUGAACGGCGAGUGCGAUGCAGCAAUCGUUUCGGGCACGAACCUGACGCUGCAUCCAUUCAUCACGUACCAGUUUGCACUGCUGGGAGUGCUGGCCAAGGACGGAUUCUGUCGUCCGUUUGAUAAGGAUGCAACCGGUUACUCGCGAUCGGAAGCCGUCUGUGCAGUGUUUUUGCAGAAGGCCAAGGUGGCCAAUCGUAUCUACGGAUACGUCAUUCAUUCCAAAACCAACUGCGAUGGAUUUAAACCCGAAGGUAUCACGUACCCCUCGAAGGUGAUUCAGCAGCAGCUUCUGCAGGAGUUUUACGACGAAGUGGACAUCAGCCCCACGGAGGUUGACUAUGUGGAAGCGCAUAGUACGGGAACGUUCGUGGGUGAUCCAGAAGAGUGUGAAGCUUUAGAUAAGGUAUACUGUAAUGGCCGCAAGACUCCGCUGCCGGUAGGUUCGGUAAAAUCAAGCAUCGGUCAUUCCGAGGCAGCAGCUGGAGUCUGUUCGAUUGCCAAGUGUAUCAUAGCAAUGGAAAAUGGUCUGAUUCCACCCAACAUUAACUUUAGAGAAAUGAAACCGACCAUUCCCUCGUUGGUGGAAGGACGCCUGAAGGUCGUGGAUGAGAUCAUGCCGUUGAACGGACCACUGGUUGGUAUCAACUCGUUUGGCUUUGGUGGUGCAAAUGCGCACACUCUACUGUGUCGCAACUUGAAGGAGAAAAAGAACCAUGGAUUGCCGGAAGACGACAUCCCUCGGUUGGUCAUUUGGGCCGGUAGGACGAAGGAAGCGGUCGAAGUAAUGUUUCAGGAUAUUGCCCAACGUCCGCUGGACGUCGACUUUCUGGCACUGCUGUACAACAUUCAGAAGGAACCGAUUACUGGAUUUGGACAUCGUGGCUACGCUGUGUAUCAGAAAAAUGGAAGCCAGCCUGCUAUUAUGAAGGAGUCGUGCAUUGGAAGACUUCCACUGGAAGCAGCUCCAUUGGUUCUCAUCCUGGGAGGUGUCAAUCCCAAGUGGAGGGAAGAACUCGACGCUCUCAGAGAAUUUUCCCAAGUGGACGCCAUCUUCGUACAAUGCUCUGGAAUACUGCGAACGCUCAAGUUCGAGUUGCUGAAGAAGCCAUCCGGAAAGGAGAGCGUGCUGUACAAUGUUGUUGGUACGACUGUACUCCAGCUGGCGUUGGUAGAGCUGUUACACUCGAUUGGAGUUCAAUUCAACUACUACGGUGGACACUCGGUCGGCCAGUUUACAUGCGCAUACAUCGACGGAAAUUUGAAUCUAGAACAAACUUUGAAACUAGCGUUUUGGCAUGGAUUGGUGUACUCCGAGAGCAAAACUGUGAUCGAUGCUAACGCAGUCGUCAAGCUAAACAGCAAGUUACAGUUGGUUUGGAAGAACGUAUCGGUGGAUGCUUCUUCUACGUUUGGAAUGAUCACCGGAUCGCAACAGGUUGUUGCUGAACAGCUGCGUCAGAUGGCCAAUGCUGGAUUCAUAACUGAAGAACUGCCUUUCUGGACUCUCCAAUGCGAUUCGUCCAAGGAAGCAACGCUGGCAAGCUCGCUGCGUCAAACUAUCAAUUCUGUGCUGUCGAGAAUAAUUCUUCCUACUCAAAAGUGGCUCACGGCUAAACUACCCAACGUAUCUUCGAUAUUCCACUCUCCGAAGCUGCAUCAGCCUGUUUCGGUAAUCAGUUUACUGGAGCAGAUUCCAAAACAUUCAAACAUCCUGCAAUUGGGAGGAUCUGAUUUCACCAGUCAAUUGAUCAAGAUUUUGAACAUCAAAUGCGGCUCUGUUUCUAAGGGAAUCGAGUCACUGAAUCACGUGGAAACCCUGCUAAGCAAAAUUGGACAAUUGUCCAUAACCCAACCGGGUCUCCAGAUCUCCAAACUGUACCCAACGGUGCAGUUCCCUGUGGCACGCGGCACGACUAUGAUUGCUCCGUUGAUUCGGUGGGAUCAUCGCGAAUCGGCGUUCGUGUGCAAGUACACCUGGGACGAGACGGAAAAGUCGGGCAUCUUGAACUACAAGAUCAACCUGAACGAUCGCGACUACAAGUACAUCGUGGGACAUUGUAUCGACGGACGCGUCCUGUUCCCCGCGACGGGAUAUUUGUACCUGGUGUGGGAUUUGCUGUGCUAUCUGUCCCAUCGGGAAAUGAUGGACUAUUCGAUUGAGUUUGAGGAUGUUAAAUUUUUGCGCGCAACUACCAUCGCGAAGGGACAAUCCGUUACGCUGCUGGUGAUGAUCCAGGAUGUGUCCGGAUACUUUGAGAUCUUAGAAGGAGAUACCGCCGUUGUAACCGGGUACGCCCGAACUUUCAAUCCAACGCAUAAGGAAACGAUUGAAGAGAAGACCAGUACGGCGACGAUUAUGAAAACGAAGGACUUUUACAAGGAGUUGCGUCUGCGAGGCUACCACUACACCGGAUUGUUCAAGUCGGUGCUGGAAGCUCGUGCCGACGGAACCCGUGCAAAGAUCCAGUGGAAGGGUAACUGGGUGGCGUUUCUGGAUUGUCUUCUUCAGAUUGGAAUAAUUGCCGUUGACACGCGAUCGCUGAUGGUUCCGACGGCGAUCGAAAAGAUUUCGAUAUCUCCUAAAGCACAUCUGGCCAUGAUGGAACAGGAAGGAGAAGAUAUCGAAUUUCUAACCAUGAGAGGUAAUCCGGACACGAACGUAUCCGUCUGCGGAGGAAUUGUAAUUUCAAACCCUCGAGCUAGCAUUGUUGGCAGACGUAAUCCUCCGGGUGUGCCGGUUCUGGAAACUUAUGGAUUUGUACCGUACUUUUCCGAUGACAAGGUUUCGUCACUGGAAGCUGUUCGGAUGUGCGUUCAGCUGGCCCUUGAGAACGCUCCUACUUUGGCUAUUAACGUAACCGAAGUUUACACUCAAUCACGUGCCGUUUUGGCUCAUCUGUUCGGUGAAGCUGUGGCCGAUUUGCCAUUGGUUCGUUCCAGUCUAACGGUGCUAACGCCUGCGUUACUGGAGAUUGAAAAUGUGACCGUUAAGAAUGAGAAACUUGCUGAACAAUCGAGUACGUUGUUCUUGAUAACGGAGAAUAAGUUGGCUGAUCCGCAAUUUAUGGAGGAUGCCCAAAAAUGCUUAACCGAUAGUGGAUUUAUUCUGAUGCGAGAAAGCGUUGGAUUUAAGCUGGAAAACCUUAAGUCAAUCGAUGAUUUCCACGUGCUCUCCAAAUUCACAUUGGAAGAUGAAAUAUUGAUUCUUUUGCAACGAAAGGUCAAAUCUUUGAAUGAAGUACCCGACAUCAUUGCGGUAGAUACGACCGAUUUGAGCUGGUUGACGGAUCUCAAACAAGCUGUAAAGCUAAAGCCUGUUAUUCUCUACGCUCAAAACGACUCACUGUCUGGAAUAAUAGGACUCGUCAACUGCAUUCGCAAGGAACCGAAGCUCCAAAACGUGCGCUGUGUUUUCAUCGAUGAUCCAAGAGCUCCCAAGUUUGCGCUGAAAGAUCCCUUGUACCAGGAACAACUCAACCGAGGGUUGGCGAUCAACGUGUACAGAAAUGGCGUCUGGGGAAGCUACCGGCAUGCGUUGCUGAGAUUCCCAACCGUAACGAGUCCUGUGAAGAACCACUGCUAUGCUAAUUGUGGAACCAGAGGUGAUUUAUCGUCGAUGGCAUGGUUCUCGGGGGCCUUGAACGAGAACCCCAAUGUGGACAACGUGGUCAAGGUGAGCUACAGCUCGUUGAACUUCCGCGAUGUAAUGAUCGCAACCGGUCGGCUAUCGUCGGACAUUAUGACGCAAUGCCGGUUGGAGGAGGAAUGUGAGCUUGGCUUCGAAUACACUGGAAUAACUGCAAGUGGUAGGAGGAUAAUGGGCAUGCGAAAGACUGGAUGUUUGGCAACGAUGGUCGAUGGCGAUCCUUCGUUGAUGUGGGAUAUUCCGGACGAGUGGAGCUUGGAGGAGGCCUGUACCGUGCCCGUUGUUUACUUGACUGUUUACAUGUCAUUCUUAAAGUGUGCUAAUAUCCGUAAAGGGCAAUCAGUGCUCAUCCACGCUGGAAGUGGAGGAGUUGGUUUGGCAGCGAUCCAGGUUGCAUUGUUCCGUGGCUUGGAAGUCUUUACUACCGUCAGUACACAGGAGAAAAAGGACUUCCUGCUGCAGCGAUUCCCUAACCUAAAAGAGAAGAACAUUGGCAACUCUCGAAGCACGUCGUUCGAGAAGAUGAUCAUGUUGGCAACCAACGGCAGAGGAGUGGACUAUGUGCUGAACUCGCUUGCCGAAGAGAAGCUACAAGCUUCGGUACGUUGUCUUGCUAAAGGAGGCCACUUCCUGGAAAUUGGCAAGUACGACAUGUCGAAGAAUAGUCAACUGGCGUUGACGUUGUUCCAGAAGGGCAUAACUUUCACUAGCAUUAUGCUCGAUAUCAUGUUCCACGAGACGCCGGAAAGAAAAGCGGGCGCUAGUAAACUUCUGAAGGAGGGUAUCGCUCGUGGUGAGGUGAAACCACUGUACGCGAACGUGUUCAAUGCGGACGAGCUGGAGAAGGCAGUUCGGUAUCUUGCGGGGGGUAAACAUAUCGGCAAGGUUUUACUGAAAAUACGUGAAAAUGAAACGGACGAGGAAACACUGCCGAUUUUGAACAUUCCGCGGGUGUAUUGCAAUCCGAACCAGGUGUGUGUGAUUGUUGGCGGACUGGGAGGAUUUGGGCUGGAGCUAUCCGAUUGGUUGGUUAUUCGAGGUUGUCGCAAGUUGGUGCUGAGCUCGAGCAGAGGCAUAACGAAGCCAUACCAGGAACAUCGUAUAAGGAUCUGGAAGAACUACGGAGUCGAGACGCACGUCUGCACAGCGGACGUUACUACAGAAAAGGGAUGUCGGGAAUUGCUGCUGGAAGCCUCCAAGCAUGGACAAGUAUCAGCGAUUUACAACCUAGCAGUUCAGCUGCGGGAUUGCAUUCUGGAAAAUCAGACGGUGGAGACUUUCUCGGAGUGUCUUGCACCGAAGGCACUCGCCACGAAGCACUUGGAUGCUGUAAGCCGCGAGCUGUGUCCAAAGUUAAGUCAGUUUGUGGUAUUUUCCAGCGUAUCAUGUGGUCGAGGUAACGCAGGUCAGAGCAACUACGGAAUGGCAAACUCCAUCAUGGAACGUAUAAUGGAAAAGAGAAAUGGCGAAGGGUUGCCAGCGAAGGCGAUUCAGUGGGGCGCGGUUGGGGAGGUCGGGUUGGUAGCUGAUAUGGCGGAGGAUAAGAUCGACAUGGAGAUUGGCGGAACUCUUCAGCAGAGAAUUUCUUCGUGUAUUCAGGAGAUGGAUCGGCUGAUGUCUUGCGAUGCACCGAUCGUGGCCAGUAUGGUUGUGGCGGAGAAACGAGCCGGUGGAGCUUCAAAGAACAUCAUCGAAGCUGUCAUGAACAUUAUGAGUAUCAAGGAUUUGAAGACGGUUUCGAUGGAAAGUACUCUGGCCGAUAUCGGUAUGGAUUCACUGAUGGCAGUGGAAAUCAAGCAAGUACUUGAGCGAGACUUUGACCUCGUUCUGUCACCGCAAGAUCUGCGAACAUUGUCCUUUGCAAAGCUGCUCAAGCUGGAUGAGGAUCGUAAGAAGGCUGAAACUGAUCGUCAACAGGCAGAAGAGGAAGGAUUCGAGAUUGGAAUGCAGAUGUUGCUGAGGAAUCUUGGCGAUGAAGAGCACAGCGAUCAGACCAUUAUGAAGCUGCCCACGGCCAGUGAACAGGGAUGUCCAGUUUUGCUGAUUCCUGGACUGGAGGGCGUUGCUGGAAAAGUGUACGGCACUAUGGUUGAAGCCAUUAAUGCUCCGGUCUAUAUACUACAACUGAUGGCAACCUUGGAGUGUGACGAUGUUCCAUCCAUUGUCGACCUGGUGAUCGAUGAUGUGUGCAGCAAGGUUUUCAGCGGCCUUAAAGAGUACACAAUUGUUGCAUAUUCGUUCGGAUCAUUAGUAGCGGUGGAGAUUACCAAACGUCUCCAAGCAAAGGGUAUGCGAGGAAAGCUGCUGCUGUUGGAUGGAGCUCCGAAGUUUUUGAAGAACUUGUGCUUCAAACAGUUUCGCGGUAGCACUGCGGAUGAGGAAAUUCAGAAGAUUCUAAUGUUCGUAAUUACUACCAUCGUAUUUCCUAACCAACCUGCUGAAAAAGUUCUGCAAGUUAUGGGAGCGCCUUCAUUUGAUGAACAGAUUGAGAAGUUGAUCGAGCUCUCCAAGGAUCAAGCCCAAUACUCGGAUGAAUAUACAAGACGUAUGACCAAAGCACUGUUUAGGCGUUUAAGGAUGGCUGCCGUGUUGAAUCUGGACGAAGAUCAACCGCUGGAUCUGCCGAUCAUGCUGGUCAGACCAAGUUCGAUUUCGAGCUCGGACAUUGAAGAGGAUUACGGACUGUCAAACUACACCACUGGGGAAAUAUCUCUGCGGGUGGUUGAAGGGUCUCAUACCAGCAUGCUGGAUAACCCCGCGCUCGUGGAUAUAAUAAACAAUUUCCUUCUGUAGUUUUGUUGACAUCAUUGGUUGAAGCUAGGUAUAUAUUUAUUUGAGUGUUCCUAGAAUAAAUAGCAAAUCACAAAAUGCAAA